CCUCACACGAGGAGUGCACCUGGAACUGUUAAAAAGCCUUAAAACUGAAGAGUUUCAACAAAGUUUUAAAAGCUUUAUUGCCCGGCGAGGAAGACCUACACUCGUGUAUUCAGACAACGGGGGCACCUUUAAAGCGGCAGUGACAUGGCUAAGGAAAGUUUGGAAAGAAGAGAAAUUCCACGAAGCUCUUUACAAGCCUGUUUGGCGAUUCAACCUUGCGAAAGCACCAUGGUGGGGUGAUCAAUACGAGCGCCUCAUCGGUAUCUUCAAAUCUAUAUUUCGUAAGACAGUUGGGGGUGGACUCUUAUCCUUUUCUGAAUUAGAAGAAAUCGUGCUCGACGUAGAAGUGUGCAUGAACAACCGUCCCCUAACGUACUUGGAGGAUGAUCCUCAGCUGCCUGUCUUGACACCAAACUCGUUUCUGUUUCAACAACCCACAGCUGUACCAGAGUUACAACCUCAUCAAUUAGAAGAGCGUGACCUGAAGAAACGUCUCAGGUUCCUUUGUACAACGAAAGAUGGUCUAUGGAACCGCUGGACCCGAGAGUAUUCAGGCUGA